CUCUAUGACUUACUAUGUCUAUGGUUGACUGUGUACGAUUAACACCGGUUUUUCACAUGUGCAUUAUAUAAAUAUUCUCAGAAAUGUCACGUAAAGCGAAAAUUAUUAAUCCAAUCAGGAUGUCUAAGAUAUUUCAACCAAUGACAACGAGCGGAUCACUCAACAGUGGAGAUGGAGCAAAAAUUGUAUCUAAAAGUCACAAGGAAUUAUAGGACUUCAGCAAAUUGGAAAAUAAGAUAUUUUACAAUAUCACAUAAAAUUUUGUUAAUGAUUAAUUAUGGAAUUAUUAAACCACUUAGCACUGGUAUGUAUGCCCUACUGCCAUUAGGAAUGCGAAUUCUAAACAAGUUGAUCAAUCUGGUUGACAAAGAAAUGGCAAAUAUUGGCGCACAGAAAAUACUGCUUCCAGCGUUAACUUCGGCUAUGUUGUGGAAGAAAACUAAUAGAUACGAUGCCAACAAAGCAGAACUGUUUACACUCACAGAUAGAUACAAGAAAGAAUAUAUAUUGAGUCCAACAUUCGAAGAAGCAAUCUGCGAUUUGAUAUCGUCGAUAGGACAACUUUCCGCUAAAUCGUUACCCUUGAAGUUAUAUCAAAUUUCCAGCAAGUGGCGAGACGAGAUGAAACCACGACUCGGUUUUCUACGUAGUCGAGAAUUUAUCAUGAAGGACUUGUAUACGUUUGAUACCAGCUUGGACAAUGGACGACAUACGUAUGAUUUAGUUUGCGAGUCUUACAGUAAUAUUUUUAAACAGAUUGGUGUAGAGUACAAGAAAAGCAUAGGUGAUGUGGGAACGAUUGGAGGCCUGAUGUCGCACGAAUAUCAUUAUGUGUCUGAUAUUGGCGAAGACAUAAUACUUCAAUGCUCCUCAUGUCAUUUCUCUAUCAAUCGAACUAUUUCCAAGACAAUGAGUUGUCCGAAAUGUAAAAACGAACUACAUCAACACAUCGCUGCUGAGGUAGGGCAUACAUUUUUAUUGGACACAAAGUAUUCGCAGCCGUUAAAAGCGAUGUACACGGAGCAAAAUAAAUCGAAACCCAUAGUAAUGGGCUGUUUCGGUCUGGGAUUAAGUCGUAUUAUCACACUAGUUAUCGAAAUCUUGUCAACAAAUGAUGAGAUAAGAUGGCCUGUAAAAUUAGCACCAUAUACAAUAUGCGUCAUAACGCCGAAGGCUGGAAGCAAAGAAGAGAAUACAUCCGCCUAUGUUGAACAGCUGUUUGAAAUAUUUUACGAACGUGAUAUCGAUGCAAUAUUAGACGAUCGUACGCAUGAAACAAUUGGUAAACGACUAGUAUUUGCGCGUGCAUCGGGCUAUCCUUACAUAAUUGUCAUUGGUAAACCAGCAAUCCAAUCGAUUCCUCUAUUCGAGCUCCAUGAUGUUAACAAUUCGACUUAUCGUGAAUUGUCGCUGGACCAGAUAAGCGAUUACUUUAACAAUAUAAAAUUUAAAAAUUAGAGAUACGAUUGCAUUAAAAAUAGUGUUUUAUUUUAGUAUUUAAAAAGAUAUUAAAGUAUUUAAUGUUUGUUUCUAUUUUUUGAAUACUUAAAAAUAUUU